AUUGACUCAGUGGUGUUUUUGGGCGUCAUUUUUUAUGUACCACGGGAAGAAAAAUAUUUUCGGAAGCCAUCCUAUCAGUAAUAAGCCCUCAAUGUGCACCAUUUGAGCUAUGCAUGGUCUCACCAAGUACUAAGCACUGAGUGAAUGGUCUGAAUUUCGGAGUCAAUAUUUUUUCGCAUAAUGAGUUCAAAUAUCCAUUUGGAAGCACAAACAACAAAGAAAUUCAAUCUCCCCCUAUCUCAUCUAGACUACAGCUACAUUGAUAAAUGUACCAAUGUCAAAGAGCUGGAAAAGAUUGUGAACGUCUUGAGGUCAGGUGAGGAGGGAAAGUACCCUGACCUAGAAAGGUAUGCAGAGAAACGACUGGGUGAGCUAAGCCCCAAAAGUCGAACUCUACGAAAAGAUGGCCCUAUUCUAAGACCAGGUGACCUGGGGUCCGGCGAUUGGAAGAGCAUUGAAGAAGAUUUAAUGUCAUGGACAAACUCGAUGCAGGACAGAGACGCUAAAAAAGGCGUUGCUACCUUAAAGACUCCAGAGGAUGUUGUGGAACAGGAUGAGAAUCUACCUCCUGUCCGCUCUAACAAUGUUGUGUUGGAAGGGAAAAAGCAAAAAAUCUCAAGUGAAGCCAAAGCCAAAAGAGUUAUGCCCAGGGAUUACAGAGAAUGGGAUAAGGUAGACAUUGAUGCAGAACUAGAGAAGGUAGACAAGGAAGAAAAGAAUACACAGGCCUCAAAAGGGUCAAAGUUGAAUGGCGUUGCAAUGGACAUUGAUGCUACAGGCUUAUCAGAGGAACAGAAGCAAAUGAAAGCCAACAGGGAAAAGGACAAAGGCAAUGAGGCUUUCAGAUCCCAUGAUUAUGAAGAGUCAGUGACCUACUAUUCUCGGAGCAUUUCUUUAUCACCAUUGGCAGCAUCUUACAACAACAGAGCUUUAGCCUAUUUGAAACUGGAAAAGUGGGACAAAGCCAUCAAAGACUGCAACAGUGUCUUAAACUUGGAAAUUGACAACAUUAAAGCAUUAUUAAGGAGAGGAACAGCCUACAAGAGUAAAAAGGAUUAUCAAAAGGCUGUGACAGACUUUGAGAAAGUUCUCAAGUUGGAGCCUCAAAACAAAAAGGCAGAGGGUUUGCUUGAGGAAGUUCAUAAACAAGUGAAGAAGGAACAGAAGGAAAAGGGAAAGCGGAUGGUGAUUGAGGAAGUAGAGGAAGAUAGUGGAGAAGAAGAAGCUGAAACUAUCGAAGUAGAGAAGCCAGUGGUCAACGGGUUUGGUCGACACAAAGGUGAUGAAGUAUCCAGUAAGGAAGUGGAUGCUCGGUCAAGUGCAUGUAAGAUUUCUGAAAUUCCUCCAGAGGACACAAAGGCUGGUGAGCCGAGUGGUAGUGAAAAGAAACAAAUAACAAAGGAGGAGAAAAUGACAAGUGAGAAAUGUGCCCAGUCUAGGUCCACUGUUACACCUAACGAGCCUCAGGGAAACUCAACUGCUGAUAGAAAGUCGGUGGUUCAAGAUACCGCCUCACAGUGUUCAAAGAAAGUUCCGGUCAAUGCCGCCAGUGAGGCAGUGACAAGUCCCGAAGAAAAGGCUCCCAACUCUAGUGCCUUAUCACCCCCAGCCAAAGCAAGUGAAGCCGCAUCAGCAUCAGCAGCAGCCCAGUCCUCAACGCUGUCGUCAUCUUCAUCAUCGUCUUCAUCGUUGUCUGUGUCGGAGAAUGCAUCACCAUCAUCAUCCGCAGCAACUCAAGAAUCUCAGCCGUCAUCCCAAGUGUCAUUUUCACUAGAGGAGACUACAUCAGAAGCCCAGGCAAAGGAGGAUGCACCUCCUUCAUCUGUGAACUCGCAGUUUGUGAGGCCAACCUAUGUCCAGAUGCCUUUGCCACCAGGUGUUCUUACGCUGAAAGAGGAAGGAAACAAACUUUUCCGCAGCGGCCAGUAUGGUGAAGCUGUGGAGCAGUACUCAAAGGCCAUAUCAAAGUUAGAAAAAGACCAAGAUCAACAAGUGAACAUAUCAGUAUUACUUAGCAACAGAGCAGCAUGUCACCUUAAGACAGGCAACUGCAGUGCGGCCGUGUCAGACUGUGGCCAGUCCUUGCAGCUCGUCCCACACUCCGCGAAAGCCUUACUGCGCAGAGCUGCUGCUUAUGAAACAUUAGAGAAGUAUGGUGAUGCCUAUGUGGACUACAAGCAUGUGUUAAGUGUGGAUAUGUCUACACAGCAAGCACAGCAGGGUGCUAGCAGGUGUCAGAGUACAUUGCAACAGAGGCAUGGCUCAGCGGCGUGGAGGGAGAAAAUCCCUCGCCUUGUCCUGGUGCAGCCAUGGGAAGUGCCCGAGAUUGUGGAUCAGGCGGGCCUGCACAAGUCAAUGUCGUCCACGGUGUCUCUGUCUGAGGCAGCAGCAGCGAGUCCAAAAGCCUCACCAGAGACCACUACACUUGGGACUGCUACCACUGCACCGUCAGCUUCAGAGCCACCAGCAUCCUCUCAGCCUGAUAAGGGUAGCAUAGCUCAGCAGAAUAAAAUGGCCACAGAUGGAGCUGCUAAGGGAAGCAGCCAGAGCACAUCAGCUUCGAAAAAAGAACAAACCCCCACCAAAGAAGAAACUUUUGAAGCGUUGAAGACGAAGGGAAAUCAACACGUGCAGAAGGGGGAGUUUGUGGAGGCAGCGUCUUGCUACACUCGAUGCUUGUCAUUGUGUCCUGACCAGGUGGCCUGCUAUACCAACAGGGCUUUGUGCUACCUCAAACUGAACAAGGCUGCAGAGGCAGAGGCAGAUUGUAAUCAAGCGCUGUCUUUCCAGUCCACAAACCCAAAAGCUUUGUACAGGAGAGCUUUAGCGAGAAAGAGUCAGCAACUAUACAAACAGAGUCUUCAAGAUUUGAUUGAUCUCCUUCGGGUGGAACCAAAGAAUACAGCUGCAAAGAAAGAAAUGGAGGUUGUGAAAAAAUGCUACAAAGAGGAGCUGGAGAAACUGAAACAAAAAAAGCAGGCCCCAGACCAGGACACCAAGCUGAGAAAGAGGAUGAAAAUCGAGGAGGUGGAUGAUGAGGAAGAGGAGGAAAAACCUGUCAGGGUGAAGGCUGGAGAUAAGAUGAAAUCCCAAAGUAAGCUCAGAGGGGCUAAAUCGUCCCAACCUUCAUUAGGGGUCAAAUCGAAAGGAGGCAAUGCAGAGAAGAAGUCUGCUGAGACGACGGUGCAAAGUCCACCGGUGGCGCCACCCAUCGCCCCACGGCUGAUGAAGACGACGCCUUACGAGUUUUGCCAAGCCUGGAACUCUCUAAAGCCUUGUCAGGGCAUCCAACCGUAUGCUGAGAUCUUACGGCAGGUCGCUCCUGUUGACCUUGCAUCAGUUAUCAGUAAUAAACUGGACGGACAAAUGUUGCAGAUCAUUGUUCGAUGUGUGUAUGAAGAAAUGGUGCUGAAGGGUGAAGUGGAUCAAGGCUACCAGAUUCUGGAUAACUUAUGCAAGGUGCCCCGUUUUUCCACUGUCUCCAUGUUCAUGACUUCAAAGGAAAAGAAAGAGGUGGCUGGAGUCCUCGACAUUUUGUCCAAGACCAGCUCGAGUGCGUACAGCUCCGCUGACGUCCUGCGGCUGAAGAAAGAAUACUCAGUCAAGUGAUGACCGUUGCCUGUCCAAUGAAAUUUUUACCAACGGCCCCACACUGUGUUCUGUGAUGAUCAAGAAAUUGAAAUUGUUCUAUCUCCGUCACAAACUCGGACUACUUACAAAUCUAUUGUUGAUAUGGUGUUUUGAAAUUUUCAGCUGGCAGUGAAAGAAAGUGUUUUUAAAAGUCUGUAAAUAUGGAAUGCUUCACCGAGUAGUUUCACUACCAAGGAUGAAAUGUGCCAGUACAUUUUUUAACGUUAUUAAUAGACCUGUGUUAUAACGAAAUGGAAAACAGGGGAGGGGAGAGAGAUAGGUAUAUCAUUACUUGUCCAUUGUGUUUUAGACUGGCUUGAUUUAUAUCACUUCUGGAGUCCAUUCCAUUGAUUCCAUUAGAAAAUUAAUUGUAAAUAUUUCAAUCCUAUUUUAAUCGUCAACAGCAGAGGAAAAGGAAAUAAGACCCUUCGCCCGUGUCCCCAGAUUCCAGCUCUUAUUGCUACCACAUGGUCAGGAAAAAAUGCCUGCCCUUGUCAUUGCCGUCAUUAUGCUUUAUUGCAAUGUUUCAAUUUCAUGAUAAAGUUGCAAAUGGUGAAAAUAUGAACUGUAAAAGGCAGUGUAUUUGUAAGCUGGAGGGAUAAUAGUUGAAUUUCAGCAUUAAGCCUUAUAGUAAGAGAACUGGUGAUAAUAAUUUUUGUUUUUCCCCACAUUUUGCUUUGUGUGAACUUCAAAAAAAAAAAA